ACGCAAAAGGCGCCCAAGUCAGUUGGUCCCCAUUUUCCGCCUCUUCUUCUUCAACGCAACCCUGCCUGCUCCUCCCACCACACCCCAGCUAAAGGGCCCCUCUUCUCCAUCACAGACUAACCGAUUAGUUGCAGGGCCCAACGCAGCAUCAGCCUGGCGUAACCGCCACGCCCACACCACACGUUUUCUCAAUCCUGGGCCUGCGUCGCUCUCUCUUAAGCCAGCCUUCCCACCUUUUUCUCCGUCCGUCUUUGCGCCCGUCGUCUCGCACUGCCCAGCUGGCGAUAUCUGCUUUUCCCCUUCCUCGCUGCCCGCUACGGAUUCAAGCACAGCAGCUCUGGUCGCGGCCUGCUUGUAACGGGUAUUGCACCGCCUUGCUUCUUCUUCUUCUUCUUCUUUUAUUUCUAUUCUUAGAGCUUCGCCGCAUCUCAGCCUCGGUCUCUCUUGGCCGACCUGGUGCGCCAAUCUCUCAAACCGCAGCAACUUUGGGCGUGGCCGCCGACCUACCAUCGCGACCUACUGCUUCUUUUUGCCUGUGGGCUUUCGCAAGGCAUUCUUGUUUGCACGCGAUAGUUCUUUUUUUGUCCCAUCUUGUAGAUGUCGGCAACCUUAUUCCAAUAAUACUGUACAGCAGCCAUCAUCACCCGCAAUACCUAUAUAUACAAUCCAGCGCUGUCGGGGCCUUGACGAAUCGUCCCCAGCACUCCCAGAUACCCCAACAUGGCCCUCGAGGAUCCUGUGCGCUCCUCAACAGGCAGUCUUCAAUAUCCAUUUGGUCACUUCAACGAAAUGUCCAUGCAAUCUGAGUCUGACCGGGGCAAAUCCCCGUUCAAGCACCUAUCCUCCCCCGCUCCUCCCACGGGAACCGACUUCCUCCGACCCAAUUCCGCGAACCGUAUUCCCUCUCACCCUGCAAACUCUAUGCUCAGCCCUAGCGACAUUGUCGGUCCCUCUCCAGUAACUUCGAACGGCACGGAAACUACAGAAAUCGAAGAUGACGUGUCUGAGGAUGUCUUUAGUCCUCAGACGUCAGAAGCAAGCUCACUUAGCCGAUCUGAGCAACCACUCGCUCUCACCACUGACCUGCCUGAAGAGGUACGACAGAGUAACGAGGAAUCUGUCUCAGUGAUUCACGCUCCAGAAGGCUUCACAACUUGGACUUCGACGGAAGGACCGAAACAGACGGAGGAGCGUCAAAUCUCCCCUAGAUUACAUCACGCAAGUCUCGCUGCCCUUAAUGGAACCCCAGAACCCGAUCGCCCUCCCCGACCACCUAUCUCAACGGACGUUAAGCCCGUCCGCUACAGUCUCGAUAGCGCAACUCCUCGAGCACAUAAUAUUCAAAAUAUGAUUGAUGAGGGUACACGUCUUAGAUCCAGCAGUACAAGCAGCUUAGAGAAGAUCGAAGAACAGACUGAGGCGGAAAGCGAUGAUGAUCAUGACGAAACCGAUGAUAAUUUUCCUCUUUUAAACCCACAACCCAAAGGACCUGAUAGCGCAGGUAUGCUCAAGGAUAAGCUCCGCCAUUACUGGGACACUUGUGCAUUCCUCGCCAAACAUCCUCCCUCAAACCAUAACUUCAACGUCUUGACACGUUCUGGCACACCAAGUGCGUAUGGCCGAGCCUGGGAAGCAUGCUGGAAGCUAUGCCAGCGCCUGUAUGCCAACCAAAAUAAGGGAGGCACUGACGCCAUCAAUCUCAUGGAGACUCUGACUCUCAUCCGCCAAUUUUCACAAGCACUCUUUGACGUGAGAGUACGCGUACCAGGAGACGAAGAAUCCGAUUCAUAUUUAAGGGCUCUUUACGAAGCCCAGAACCAUCUCUGGAACGGCCAGGCACCGACUAAUCCUGUUCAGUUCCAUGAGCGCAGUCUGGACUUUUACAUCGCCAUGUGCCACCGCUCAAUGAAGCUUAGAGAAGGUCAAACUGGCGAUACAGAAGCUCUCAUCGCAACAUGUUGGAGUUUGGCUGAACUUCUCUUUAGCCUAAGACAAUGCCGUCGCGAGGGCGGACACGAUGAAACUGAACUUCUUGAAGCAGCAUGCCAGGCCUGUUGGGAUCUCUGCGGACUUUUCCAGCGCAACGGAAACAAUGUCCAAACGGAGCGUAAUACUCCGCGACCCAGCCAAACAAGCUUCGGUACACCCCCUCAAGUUGACCAGAGCGGCCGUGAGAGCCGCACAUCGAACCGCUCAUCGAGGCACUCUCGACGAGACAAUACAUCUACAAGAUCUAUCCAGGAGGAGAGAAUUCGACAGCCUCCACCUGUGCCGGAGACUCCAGUGACAGAUCUUGAAGACACACCUAUAUCACCAGGCAGCCGCUCGCCCACAAUGCCCAAUAUUAUGGUACUUGGGCCCAGCAGCGACCGCGGAGGCAGAUGGUCCAGCACUGCAUCUAACAUGUCGAGCUACUCACACAGCAGCCAACGGACCUCUAGCACUGCCACGACUACGACAGCGACCGAAGAUCCUAAUGUGACCCGUGCGAAGAUGCUUAUUCUUCGUGCUGCCAUGAAUACCGGCUUCAAGCGCGAGAACAUGACAGACUCCAAGAACGGCUCUGCCAACCUCCAGCGCUACGUCAAGGGCAUGGCCAAGGGCGAAUUCGGCAUCUCAGCGGCAAGCGAUACGCUGCUGCUGCAGUAUAAAGAGGCCGUUCUCAAGGAUUGUUUUGUCCCACGCAGCCAGUUCCUUCCCUCCCGACCUAAGAAGUACACGGCACUGGAAAUGGCUCGUGUGGUGCAAACCCUCGCUUCGACAAGCUCGAGGUACAGCUACCUUCGAGACUUAUACAAGUUUGUCUUUAUGUUUUCGCUGGAAGAUGGCUUGACCGAGGCGAAGAAACUCGUUAUUGAAAUCUAAGACGAUCGCUUAGCACAUACAUAUAUCCUCGAGAUUUCAUUGAUCUUUCUGUUGAAGGUUUUUGGAUGAUAGUCAAACAUUUUUAUCCUUUUAUUGCAUGAACUCGCUCAUUUGCACAUAUAGAAGAAGAUAUCACAGACGCAAGACUGGGAUUUGAUAUUCUUCAUCACUUACAUACGCUUUUUACGGUCAUAUAGCGAACCUGUUUACUGGUAGCUUCCAAUUCACUUACUUUUAUCCCGUGAAACAAUCGAGUUUUGUCUGUCAACCUGCAAGCCUGCUUUCCUUAUUCAUCAUCACUACUAUUGUGUGCCUAGAAGAAUCGGCUCGUGUAAAAACAUCCUUAAACCGUCUACUUCUACGAAAAGAUUUGCCUUGUUUCCCAAAUACUCGUGGCUACCAAACUACGCGUGCCAUUAAACAUGUCAAAACUAACCUGACCGCUUUAUUCCCGAUAUCCCUUUUAACCGUUCCAGUUACUUAACCUCUAUCCCAUCACUUCCUACUUGAUCUUUUUCCGUUAUUCUCA